CGGCGCGCCGGCUGCGCUGGCCCGAGGCUAGCCGCGGGCGGACUCCGCCAGCUCCGGGCGCGCCGUACUUGUAGCCCUAUGGCCAAGGCGGUGGCCCCGCAAUGUUGGCGGGGCUGCCGGCCGCCGCCGGUGUUUCUGGCUGGCCUCUCUGGUAGCUACGCCGCCCGCCGUUCAUCAGGGCAACGCACGCGAGGGCGCCCCCAGCGCGGCCGGCGCGCCGGUCCCCAAGGAUGCCCGCAAGCGUGCGUGCCGGGACGGCGCAUUUUAUUCCAGGAGCGGCAGUGGGGUUGCGAGCUUUUCGCCCGUUCUUUUUGCGCACUUCACGCCUGAUGUGCUCUUCCUGUAUUGCCUUCUGCGCUGGCCCUGGCGCACAGGCCAUGUCGGUAAUGGCAGCCGCGGCCGGGUAGCCUUUAUUUUGUGUGCCGGCCGCGGCCACGUGAUCCGCCGUUCGUGACUGUUACUGGCCAGGCUUACGACCUUGCUCACGCACAUUAUUGCCAGCAUACACUGCUGUUGCGUUAGUGCGUUCCUGAGGCUGCGAUUACACGCCUUUUCCGAAACUACAGGCCGUGUUCGCCAGAGAGAAAACAAACAAGCAUGAGAUCCAAGAACGAGAGAGGACAAAGCGAACACCGGCCACCAAAACCGACGGGCCCAAACACUUCGUCCUCCCCCCACCGACAGAUCAACACAAAAAUGCCGUGGUGGGUGCAGCUACGCCCCGCGCAGCUGGUUCUCGUCUUCUUUUCUUCUGCUACAUGGGAUUGGGGGUUUCCCACUACACGAGCCCUCACUACUGCUAGGAAAUUUCUCCUCCACCGCACUACAUCUUCGACGAGCAAAAACACUUCCCCGUCCUGCGACCACCUUUCGGGGACGAAGCGGGCUAUUUGCGAAGAGGCCAGUCAGUCCUUCAGCCUCCAAUGCCAAGCUGCCUGCGAUCAGGACAUCGGCGCUGCAUUCGCGACCCCAAUCUCCGCGGUAAAUUGCCAUGACGAAUGCCUCCGAGCAUUGAAAGCGGCAUUGGACGACGCCGCGCCCUGGACGGAGGCGAAGAACGCGACAUUACACUACAUGGAAAACGCGUUGCAGCCACGGUAUGAGAAGCUAGAGGGGCAAUUUACCCUCAACCGCGAACAGGCGAAUUGGGACAAGAAAAUGCUGGCGAUUGAGGAGGACUCCGAGCUGUUUUGGAAACUCGUCUGCGCGGAUACCAGCAAGUGGAAGCCGUUGGUCUGUGGUGGGGGAAGAAAUCAAACGGUGGUGAACGGGACUGGAAACGCGACGGCGAUUGCAAAACCUGUGGCGAUGAAAGCUACAACCCGUGCUGCUGAUAAAGCAGGCUUUCUUGCACUGAAGUAGCAGGAGCGAACUGUAGUUUCAAGGCGGCCAUGAUGUCUCAUUUGGGCGAUCAAUCGAACAAAGUGUGAGGUCCAUAUUGUUUUUUCCCAGAAUAUUUCAGAAAACGUAAAUACUUCAUGCAUCGUUGGGUGAGUACAAACCUACAUGGAGAAACAGCAACUUACUGUCGUGCAC